UUUCCCUUUGAGGCGUCGAGGGCCAAUGCCUCGCGCUCCUCCUCCCCAGUCCGCGCGCGCCCUCGUUGCUCGUAGUUCCUUAGCUCGGAUUACUUCUUCCCCUCCCUCCCUCCCUGCCUUCGGUGCGCGCGUGAGGGGAGCGCGUUUGCGCGCGCCGUUUCUACCCCUCGCGCCCCCUCCCCCCUGCGCUCUGUCAGUGUCUCGCGCUCCUCCAGUCUGUUGGAGGCUCCGUUAAACGGCGGUGGGUUCCUGUUUCCGUCUUUUCAUCACUCCCUUCCCCCCGCCGCCACUCCGUUUCCACCGCCGUCUCCCUCCGCCUCUUCUUCACAGCCGGCUACCUCAGGAGCGCCGGCGUUGAGGAGCAGAGGUGACCAGGAACCCAGCCUGCGGGCGGGCGGCCGGGCAACACGGGCACCGAGUCGGACUAUAAAACCAAAACAUCUGUGACAUUAGAACUUGGAUUGCGCAUCUUCAGUGAUAAUUGUUUUAAAGUUUUACUGUUGGAGAAAUGCUGUGAGAAGCACAAUGUGGUGAAUCAAAGACACAGAAACCUUGGAAUCUUUGUACUGAUUGAGGAGUUACAAUGUUUGCUUUGUGAACAAAAACUAUUUGGUAGUGGAUAGAACUUCUGAAAAUGCGGCCAUGGACUGGCUCCUGGCGUUGGAUUAUGCUCAUCCUUUUUGCUUGGGGGACCUUGCUGUUUUACAUAGGUGGACACUUAGUACGAGACAAUGAACACCCAGACCAUUCUAGUCGUGAACUAUCAAAGAUAUUAGCAAAACUUGAAAGGUUAAAACAGCAAAAUGAAGACUUACGACGAAUGGCAGAGUCUCUCAGGAUACCAGAAGGUCCUAUUGAUCAGGGCCCUGCUGCAGGAAGAGUUCAUGCUUUAGAAGAACAGCUAAUAAAGGCCAAAGAACAGAUAGAAAAUUAUAAGCAACAAACAGGAGAUGUGGGCUUAGGAAAAGAUCAUGAAAUAUUGAGGAGGCGGAUUGAAAAUGGAGCCAAGGAGCUUUGGUUUUUUCUCCAGAGCGAAUUGAAGAAACUUAAAAUAUUAGAAGGAAGUGAACUCCAAAGGCAUAUUGAUGAACUUGUAUCUGACUUGGGUAAUCAUGAAAGGUCAAUAAUGACAGAUUUGUACUACCUCAGUCAAAUAGAUGGAGCAGGUGAUUGGCGAGAAAAAGAAGCCAAAGAUUUGACAGAGCUGGUACAGAGGAGAAUAACUUAUCUUCAGAACCCUAAGGAUUGUAGCAAAGCCAAGAAACUAGUUUGUAAUAUCAACAAAGGCUGUGGUUAUGGUUGCCAACUUCAUCAUGUAGUCUACUGCUUCAUGAUUGCAUAUGGUACUCAAAGGACACUAAUUUUGGAGUCUCAGAACUGGCGAUAUGCUACUGGAGGCUGGGAGACUGUUUUUAGGCCAGUGAGUGAGACAUGCACAGACAGAUCAGGAAGUACUACUGGGCACUGGUCAGGUGAGGCAAAUGAUAAAGAGGUUCAAGUAAUAGAGCUACCCAUAGUUGACAGUCUACAUCCACGGCCUCCAUAUUUGCCAUUGGCUAUCCCAGAAGACUUGGCUGACAGGUUGAUUCGUGUCCAUGGGGAUCCUGCCGUAUGGUGGGUCUCACAGUUUGUCAAAUACCUGAUCCGUCCACAGCCUUGGUUAGAAAAGGAAAUAGAAGAAGCUACAAGGAAACUUGGCUUUAAACAUCCAGUUAUUGGUAUUCAUGUGCGAAGAACAGACAAAGUGGGAACUGAAGCAGCAUUUCAUCCCAUUGAAGAAUAUAUGGUACAUGUUGAAGAACGUUUCCAGCUUCUCUCCCGCAGAAUGCAUAUUGACAAAAAACGAGUCUAUUUGGCUACAGAUGAUCCUUCAUUAUUGCAAGAGGCAAAAUCCAAGUAUCCAAAUUAUGAGUUUAUUAGUGACAACUCCAUUUCGUGGUCAGCGGGUCUCCAUAAUCGGUACACAGAAAACUCUCUACGGGGUGUUAUUCUGGAUAUACACUUUUUGUCUCAGGCAGACUUCCUUGUCUGCACAUUUUCUUCACAGGUUUGUCGAGUUGCCUAUGAAAUCAUGCAGACAUUGCAUCCAGAUGCAUCAGCCUUUUUUCACUCUUUAGAUGAUAUCUAUUAUUUUGGGGGACAAAAUGCUCAUAACCAGAUUGCCAUUUAUGCUCAUCAUCCCCGAACUGCUGAUGAAAUUCCUAUGGAACCUGGAGAUAUAAUUGGUGUUGCUGGAAACCACUGGGAUGGUUACUCCAAAGGCAUCAAUAGAAAAUUAGGAAAAACAGGCUUAUACCCCUCCUACAAAGUAAAAGAGAAAAUUGAGACAGUCAAGUACCCCACAUAUCAAGAGGCUGACAAAUAAAGACAAUCAGGACAGUUCGCAGUAACACUCACUUUGAAGCUAUUUCAACCAACCAUACUGUUGGCUUUUGUGGGAUAUGAAUUUGCAUUUUAACAUACAGUUAAAAUGAAAGCCUUUUAUCAUUCGGACUGGAUAUACAGCUUGGAACAAUUCAAUGGGCCAUGGUUUGGACUUCUUUUGUUACAUGCACUUGCACUCAUGCACACUGAUACACAUUCAACAGGGAACCUGUUGUUUUAUACUGUUCGUCUCUCUGAGGACAUGUCCCUCCCAUGAGUCAUAUAUGAGCCUUGGGCUCAGUUCUUUGCCAUUAAUAGACUAUAAUAAGACUUUUAACACUGCUGCAUUGUGUAAUUUGAGUGACAUGAGCAUAUUUUGUAUGUGCAGAAUUUAAAACAUGGUGCCUCUCUUUGAAAGAUCCAGUGACCUUUUAGAAGAGCCAUGCCUAGUUCUGUUGAUGGGUAAGAGUUGUACUUGCCUUUAACUGAUGGUGUUGUUAUGACCACUGAAUAUGCUCCAACCAACAGAUUCAAAACUCAGUCUAGACCUUUCUUUAUAGGAGUUUUGUUAGCAAUUUCAUUGAUUAGUUCAUCUCAUCAUUAAUAAAGAGUACAUCCAACAAUAAAAUAAUUGUCUGAUAGGAACUUUUGUAAAACAAUGCCAUGAACAGAUUCUUUGGUACUGUUUCUGGACAUUGUCUUUGAUAACAAAAAAUAAAUUCAAAAAAGAA